AGAUCGAACCAGUUUAUUUCCAAAGGUAAACAAAGAAAGUCGCACUUAGAGCACAUCUUCAGUUCACUCCGGGCUUACAGCCAGAGAUAUGGAAUCGUUAAAUAUAAAACCGUUAAGUAAGGACUUAGAGUGGUCUCCGGAAGCGUCGCAGGGCGUGGGGGCCACAGGGGUCGCGGGAUGCGAGUCGGUCCCGACUGACAUGGCCUCCACCUCGAGCGAGGAGCGCGCCAUACGCCGCGUCAUGGGCCGCUGGGGCGCCGAGUGGUUGAGCUGACUCGGCUCCGGUCUGCCCAAACCUGGUCCCCAGUGGCCGGCGGACCACCCCCUCCCACCGCCGCGAUGGGGGGCCCCGCGCCCGGCUCUGCGCCUCUCCUUGCAGCAGUACGAGGAUCUGGUCGCAAAAGCCGAGGCGAUACUGAGCCGUUUAGUAGUCUCUGAAAACUAUGAUUCCGUCAACAACUUCCUCACACUGUACGACACUUACAUGGCCUCAUCGGAUGAAACCCUAAAGGAGUUCUUCCCGAAGUACAAUCCACCUAUUCGGGCUCACAAGCACACCUGUGUCGGCCUCGGAAUGGAAGUGAUGAAACGUCUGAAGGUACUGGAGAAAGAUUUCCCGGGAAUCACCAAGUCUAUGAUGCUGGUGUCUUGCGAUGAGAACAUCCAGGACUUGCUGGACUACACCACAUCGAGUCCGGGUCCUCAAGGCUUUCUGAUAGAGACGGAGAAGGAUCACGUGAUGGUUGCCAUACACGUCAAGAUUGGCGAUAGGCACGGUGUGUUCCUGUCGGAUCUGGGCUACCACAUCUCUCGUGUCGUGACGGUGAUGGCUGAUCGCUGCUACCCACAUACUGGAUGGUUUACCCAGAGUGACGAGCCGCAUUGCCGCAAGGAGUACAACUACCAGUUUAACGUGCAGAACAGCAACUACGUGGAGUGGCACGAACGGGAGACCAGGGGCAGUGUGGUCAAGGAGCGCCUGUCUCUGGUGUACGUCGCUAGAGCAUAUCUUACAGCAGUCGCCGUCACUGAGAAGAGAAACUUGGUGUGGGACUUGAGGAGUCUGCUGGCUAGGGACCCCAAAGGUCAUUUGUCAGCUGGUAUAUACUUCCCUCUGAAGCUAAAAGAACAGCAGUUCACAAUGUUCUUCGACAGUAACAACGGCAAGCAGAGGAAGAAGUUGAAAUUUGAUACGUUUUUGGAAUUGCAGAAGAUACCUGACGAGGUGGUGGAUGAAGUGGAGCAGUGCAACGAUCAGCUCCGACUGAGAGAUGGCGAGCUCCUCUCCAUCCUUAAGAGGCUGGCCACCAUCAUGGCCGACCAGGAGUACAUGACAGAACUAUUAGAAGUCAAUGACAGGAUCGUCCAGCUCUCUGCGGGCAACUAAAUGUAGUAAAAAAAAAAAAUUGAAAUAUUCAGU